GGCAUCACGGGGCUUGUAGUCCGUCCCGCGGCUGCGCCUCCCGACACUACAACUCCCACGGGGCAGCGGGACGCCGCUCCCGCACCGACCGUGUAGGCUGGCCACCUCGCGGCGGGUAGGGGCUGCCGCCGCGGGGGCGGGGCGCAGAGAUGGCGGACGUGGUCAUGGGUAAGGAGAAGUGCGGGGAGCAGCGGCUGGUGUCGCUGCCCCUGUCCCGCAUCCGGGUCAUCAUGAAGAGCUCCCCCGAGGUGUCCAGCAUCAACCAGGAGGCGCUGGUGCUCACAGCCAAGGCCACGGAACUCUUUGUUCAGUAUCUCGCCACCUAUUCCUACAGACAUGGCAGUGGAAAAGAAAAGAAAGCACUCACUUACAGUGAUUUAUCAAAUACCGCAGAGGAAUCGGAAACGUUUCAGUUUCUUGCAGAUAUAUUACCAAAGAAGAUUUUAGCUAGUAAAUAUCUGAAAACGCUUAAAGAGAAGAGGGAAGAAGAGGAGGAGGAGGAGGAGAAUGACAACAAUGACGACGAGAGUGAUGACGAUGAAGCGUAAUCCUAAACCAAACAGAAGUGCUUUCGAGAUCAGCCUGGUGAGGACCCUCAGGGAUGAGCGCCUUUGCUCUGGAGCAGGCAUUAGUCUGUUCACUCUUCAGAGACUUCACGUACAUUAUGUUCUUUCCUGGCUGAGACCAAGCAUAAUGUACCUCUGCCAUCAACAGCCAAAAGGAAAGGAACCCAGACAGCAGCUUCUCUUCCCCAGGCCCACACUGCAGCGGGAGUGGGAGAGGACCAAGAAAGGGCCGCGUACCGUGGGACACAGCCAGUCUGCAGCUGUAAGCUAUAGAGGCAAAGACAACUUUUGCUUAACUUUCUAGUUUUACAGAUAGGUUUUGAAGAACUUCUAAAUAUCAGUUCUGUAAAUUCACAUAUAUAUUUUUUGAAAUUCGUUCUUGUGAACCAGCUAGAUCCUAUUUUAGCUAAAUGUGUAGUCUCUGGGUAGUAUGUUACAUUUGAAUUUUCGUAUUUGAAGAAAAUUUCUGGCUUUGUAUAUGUCCAAAUACUGCCUUUUUUUUUUUAACUGUAAAGAAAUAAAUUUUUCCUUUUUAAAAGCUGUAUAUAUUUUUAUAGUGAAAGGUUUUAUGGAACUAGUUUUAGAACCCUCUAUUAUUCUAAUGCCCUGCUUAUUAUCUGGAAACAUUUGUGAAAUUUAAAAAUGAGUACUUUUCUUCUUUUUAUUUUUCCUUCUUAUUGGCAGCGCUGUGAGGCAUGUGGGAUCUUAGCUCCCCAACCAGGGACCGAACCUGCGCUCCCUGCAGUGGAAGCGCAGAGUCUUAACCACUGGACUGCCAGGGAGGUCCCAGAAUGAGCACUUUCUGAUAAUUUUAUUCCUGAAGAAAAGUUUCAAGUCAAAUUAUUAGAUCAAAUACAGUAAGAAAUAUUACCUCUGCAUAAGCAUGUUUUUCUUAAAAAAUUAUAAAGCAUUUUGUAUAUUGAAGAUCUCCCUCAUUUCACUGUUCCUUUCUUUACACCCAAAGUAAUUGUUUUUGCUGUCCACAAGAGAAAACCAUAAGCUCUAUUUUUUUUCACAUAGGGUAAAUUUUGGCUUUUGCCUUUUCUUUUUUUUUCCCAAUUGAGUUCUGAUUUUCAUCCAGUAAAAUCACCCUUUAAUGUCCAUUCUGUUGGUUGCGUAAGCAAUCAAUAUAUAGAACAGUUCCAUCACCCCAGAUAUUCCUCUGUAUACCCUUGGAGUUAUUUCCUUCCCUUAUCCCCAGGCAAUCAAUCACUGAGGUUUUCCAUCCCUCUUGUUUUUAAAAUUUAUUUAAAAAUAUUUUAAAAUCCACUUUUUGGUGUACAGUUCUGACAGAUGCAGAGUCAUGUAACCACCACAGUGAAGAUACAACAGUUCUGUCACCUCCCCCAAAUUCCCUCAUGGUCAAAUUCCUUCCUACCCAUUACCUUGGCAGCCACUGAUCUAGCUAUUCUCUGCCCCCAGAGGAGGAGUCAGCAGACUUUUUCUGGAAAGGGCCAUGUGGAAAAUAUUUGAAGUUUUAUGGGCUACAUAAUCUCUGUCACAACUAGUCAACUCUGCUGUUGUGGUUCAAAAGCAGCCACAGUCAACACAUAACAGGAAUGAGCGUUGCUGUACUUCAAAAAAAACUUUAUUUCUGGACGCUGAAAUUUAAAUUUUAUAUAAUUUUCAUGUGUCAUGAAAUCUUUUGCCUUUUUUUCAACCAUUUCAGAAUGUAAAAGCCAUUAUUAGCUUAUAGGCCAUACAGAAACACAGCAGGCCACAUUUGACCCACAGACCAUGGUUUGCCCACCCAGCUUUCCAAAGUGUCAUAUAAAUGGAAUCACAUAGUAGUAGCCUUUGAAUCUGACUUUUUUAUAUUUAGCAUAGUGCAUUUGAGAUCCAUCCAUGUUGUUGCAGGUAUCAGCAGUCUGUCCUUUUGUAUUGCCGAGUAGCAUUCCUUUGUAUGGAUAUACCAUUUGUUUAUCCAUUCCACAGGUGAAUGGAUAAUUCCCAAUUUGGGUUGUUUCCUGUUUUUUCUUUGUUUUUCUCUUUUUUUUUUUCCUUUUAAAAAUCUCAAAAAUUUUUCUCGUUUCCUGUUUCGAUGAUUACAGAUAAAGCCCUAUAAGCCUUUGGUACAGGUUUUGUGUGACCAUACGACUUCAUUUCACUUGAGUGGAAUUGCAUAUUUCAUUUUACCAGAAACCACCAAACCGUGUUCUAAAGUGUCUGUACUAUUUUGCAUUCCCACCAGCAGUGAACCAGAGCUUCAGCUGCUCUGCAUCCUCUGCAAAACUUGGUAUCAGGGUUUUUUUGUUUUAAUUUUAGCCAUUUUAGUGGGUGUUGGUUUUAAUUUGCAUUUUUCUAAUGACAAAUAAUGUUGAACAUCUUUUCAUUUGCUUGUUUACUGUCUGUAUAUUUUCUUUGAACUGUCCAAAUCUUUUGCUCAUCUUUUUACUGGGUUAUUUUCUUUUUGUUGGCGUUUCAGAGUUUUAUAUGUUCUGAAUACAAGUCCUUUGCUAGAUUAUGUGAUUUGCAAAUAUUUUCUACCUGCCUGUGGCUUGUCUCUUCAUUCUCUUAACAGCAUUGUUCAAAGAACAGAAAUUAUUUUUUUGAGAAGUUCUUAAUUUUGAGGAAGUCCAUUUUAUCACUUUUUUUCCUUUGGGGAUCAUGCUUUUCUUGUUGUAUAUAAAAACUUGUCACCAAACCCAGAGUCACAAAGAUCUCCUGUGUCAGUGUCUUUCAAAUGCCGCAUUGCCUUCAGUACCUCUGCCUAUAGUAACGUGAUGCUGUUUAAGAAAUGCCCAGGAAAAAUGGUUUUUGUGUGUAACCAGCUGAAACACCCUUAACCUAUCAUAAGCCCUUCAGAUCCAAUUAUGUAGGGAGCUUUCAUCCUUCUCAGUUCCUCCUUAAACCACAUGCUAGUCUAGUACAGUAGCUUCCUAACUGGUUUCCUCACCAUCUUUACAGCCUCUUUCCUCUUCCCAUCUUGCAUGCUGCUAUCAGAUUAUCAAAACAAUUUUAUGAAGAUUAAUCUUUUUUUCCUAGCGAGAAGCGUUAAGAACGGCUGAUAUUGGAGUCGCCAUUGGGGGCUGAGCCUCUUCUGUGUGCAUUGUGCCCACUUUCAUCUCAUCUUCACAGCUUGCCAAGUAUCCACAUUUUACAAAGAAGAGAAUGAAAGCUCAGGUUAAGGAGCUAGUCCAAGGCACACCUAGGGAGUGGUGGAACUGGGAUUCAAAUCCCAGACUACACGCUUCACUGGAGCUUAAAAAAGUGUGGUUUUCUCUGCACUGUCAGUGGGCUCAAUUCUUAACUUGGCAAUCGAGGCCCUGGACACUGAUCUUACUCUGCUUUGUAUCCUACUGUUUUGCUACAUUAACCUUCCAUUCCUGCUGAGAUGGGCUCCCUGUCCUCUAUGGAGCAUAAAGAGCCCUUGUACAUCCUCUGAUCAAGGAGCUGUUUUCUUUUGUGAAAUCUUAUCCUAACUCACAUAAUGUCACACCAUCGUACGCUGUUUUUACACUUAGGUUUUCACAGUCAGAUCAUGACUGCUUCUGGCCGCCCAGUGAAUGAUAGUGAGAUAACGGGAAUGUAACAAAGUAAGGCCAUAUUUAUUACGUAAGGAUACUGUAGGUCUCUCAACAGUUUGUUGUGUAGUCUUUCAGUUUCAGCUGGCAUGUCCCAGGGCCUGUGGGCACCAAGAUGCUUUGUGGUUUUGGAUACCGAGAAGAAGAAGAAAGAAGUACUAGGCCCUGUACACAUUAAAGGGAAAAGAAAAAGAGAGAGAGAGAGAGAGAACUACAUCUUGAUUUUAUUAGGGGAAAAAAAAAGCCUGGAACAGAAUACACCAGAGUGCUAAGAGUAACUACCUGUCAGUGUUGUCAUUACAGAUAAUUUAGUUUCUAUCUUUAUGUUUAUCUGAAUUUUUACAUUUUCUAUAAUGAACACAUUAUUCUCUAUUUUAUUUAUUUGUUUUUGGCUGCAUUGGGUCUUUGUUGCUGCGCGCGGGCUUUCUCUAGUUGCGGCGAGCAGGGGCUACUCUUCGUUGUGGUGCGUGGGCUUCUCUCAUUGCGGUGGCUUCUCUCGUAGCAGAGCGUGGGCUCUAGGCGCGCGGGCUUCAGUAGUUGUGGCACGCGGGCUCAGUAGUUGUGGCGCACGGGCUUGGUUGCUCCGCGGCAUGUGGGAUCUUCCCGGACCAGGGCUUGAACCUGUGUCCCCUGCGUUGGCAGGUGGAUUCUUAACCACUGUGCCACCAGGGAAGCCCUGUUCUUUUCUUAAAAACAUUUUCCGUAAAAAUCAGAAAAUAGCUUUGGCUCUUUCAAAACAAAACAAAACAAAAACUUUGGCCUCUGCUUUAGCAACAAUGUGCAUCCUGGGGAUUGUCAGCUAUUUUUUUGGUUUUCUUAACCCAACCCUCCUUUCCUUUCCCAACACCACAUAUUCUUUCAGUACAGACAGAAGUCAAACCCCGCCCAGAGGGAGGUCACCAGGCCCAGAACCCCAGAUAUGGUCAGCUUUGAUUCCCACACAACAUGGAGCUCAGGGCUUUGCACUCGAUUGGGGUUUAGCUGAAUGGCUUUUUUCUUCUUCUUUUCUCAUGGCUGCUAGAGUAGGAACACCCAGCUCAUCCUAGGUACCACAUUUGUUCUUCAUUCCUGACGCUUUUAUCCCCAGACCCCAAAUUCUCGGGCCCAACGUACGGAAUAAGGCUCUAGACUUCUAUCACCAAAGGCGUGCUUCCACCUCAGAAGCCUGGAAUCUUAACCCGUAGGGAAGGAAGUCCCCAAAUAAAUAUGUGAGUAUACAGAAGAUCUUUGGGCGAGGCAGCUGUAAAUACGAGGAAUUUUAUUUUAUUUUUUGCUGACAUACUAUGAGGCAAAACAAAAUUGACACCAUACAAAAUAACUUUAUAAAAUAUCAUUCACAUCAUAUUGUAUCAGAUUUACAGCAUUCUGUGCAUGUUAAGGGUUAUGUAAGGAGGUGAAAAAAACACUAUGCCAAACUUUUUAGUAUUAGUUUAUAUACACACAGUAAGAAACAAAACAAGUAACUGUUAGGUUUUCCAUGAAUUUAUUGCAAAAAUAGUGCAAACUACUUAACCUAGUAAGCUGUAAAACAAACUCUAAAGGACCCAGCUAAGCUUAAACACGACAAUAGAUGCUCAGUGUCUCAGCCUUUAGCUUUCUUCACCAGUUUAAUCUUUGUCAAUCAAGACCACUCCCCGUCUGUUCAGUUUGGGGUGAGUGCUGGGGAAUAGAGAAGUGUGAAGACCGGCUCUUCAGAGCCCAGAUGGAUCCGGCUGCCUAGUGCCAGCAAUACCUUUAGGAUCAUGCUACUUACUCAAUGGCAAUUUUGUGAGGUCUGUGUUGAAAACAUUAAGAUGCUAUGAUGUUUAAGUCUGACCUUAGAAAUAAGUCGUCCAACCUCUUGAUGAUAUGGAGAAAAGAAUUAAGAAAGCAGCAUGAACAGAAAGGAUUGGGAACAUUAUUGUCUGCUUAUAAACAUGGUAUCCUUUUUCUCAGGUGUAUUUGGGUAAAGUAUUAAUCUCCUGGUGGGCAACCUUUGAACCAGAUAUUGCAGUACGUUAAAAAAAAAAAAAAAAAUACUGUAUUCCUACAAGAGUAACUUUAAAAUCUCUUUUAACAGUCUACUGGGGUCCAAAAAGCAUAUAUCCAAACAAAAUCAUAAGAGCAGAACAAAAUGCUACGUAUAAAAGCUAAAGAAACAAAAUGCAGCAUAUUCAGGUUCUUUUUCUUGAGGUACCUAUAUAAAUUUAAUCACCUGCCCCAAACUACUCUUGUUAGGUAAAAAACAAAAUGCUUACUGGUGAGCCAAUUGUAGGGCAUUUAUUAUUAUUGAGAAAGUGCAACAACGCUGAUCUUUACAUGCAGCAUACUAAAGGAUGAUUUACUCUUUACAAAAUAUAGCUUAAGUAUUGACCUGAUGGAAUUUUAAAAAUUAAAAACAUUUAACUAGAAUCAUCCCAAUAUUUUUGAGAUCCUGAAGCGAAAAGCCUCCCAAAUCAACUUUCAAAGUUAUGCCACUAAGGAAUGUUGGUUCUCCUGUAAAAUUCAGAGAUCUCGUUAAAAUAGUAAAACUAUAAACUACAGGAAAGAUCCCUAAUUUUUAUUUCUUAUUGGUAUAAAAUCAAAUUCGUAAGACUCCAAAAUACUGUGUUACCUCCAAAGAAUUAAGUUAAAAAAGAUUGCCAUAGUAGGAAAAGUCUAGACUUGUAAACUGCCAAAUAUAAAAGCAUGGAAAGUCAUCGAUCUAUCCGAUUUUCUCACCUGCCAGAAAGCUUUCCUAACUUACAGAAACCCUGGGGCUGCUGCUGCAGGCAGCAGCCCACCCCUCCCCCACCCUCCACGGCCAGCGGCCAGCGGCCCUCCUUUCCUCUGUCCAUGGUCACCAACACCCACACCAGGAGGGUGGGAGAGAUGAAAUCAACAAUAGUCCAUUCGCUGCUUAUGAAAUAAACUUAUAAAAUAUGCCAGAGGAAGGCGGGGAGGGCACGCACGUGUGGUGAAAAAGCAAUGACAAGAGUGUUUGUGAGUUGUUUUUGGUCGCCCCUUCGUUGGCACAGAAAAUGAAGUGAUAGCUACAAAUGUAUGCGUAGAAGAGUUUGGAAUUUGCUUGUAAAAUGUCAAAUUUGCUCUUGGACAUAAUUCUAUGUUUCUUUUCACAAGAGGGCAGUUGGGAUUCCAGUAUACGUUAGUGUUUAGUUGGCUGGGGUGAUCUAUCAAAUUCCACGGCCAAUUGGGCUUUUUCUCCCCAUGUACAAUAUAAAAUAUUUAAUUUCAUACUGAUUUUUUCAAUGCAUUAGGAUUCAACACAAAAGGCACAAAAUAAAUAGAUAUUAUUAAAUAAACGGAAAUUAUGAUUUCAAGCUUUGUGUGGAGUUGUAUUUCACUGUUUUGUUACUUUUUCCAAUUUAAUUUGACAGACUUAGUAAAUAGCACCCAACUGUUUAACUGAGGUAGAUCCACAUUGUAAAGAAAGCUGGGUCCCCUCCAUUUUUUGUCUAAAUUUAAGAUGCUUUUACAAAAACAAAAAUCCAUUUAAUCAUAUGCAGAAGCAAUGACAGGUGGCACUACCUGAAGAAAGCUUAGAACAUGAGCAGGUUUGCAAAGAAGAUUUACGCCUAAAUCAUACUCUCCAUCAGCCAUAAAAACAUCUCAGACUGGAGGGAAAAAAAAAAAAAAAAAAUCAAACAUUUAAAAAUAACCCUGAAAAAGUCUCAAGACUUUUAGAACAGGUCUUUUUGACUGACUGCCACAGAAAUGCACAAUGGUCCAUUUUCAUCAAGCAAUGGCAACAGCCAAGCCAGACCAGAAACAGAGAGAGAGAGAGACAGAUGUGUAUCACUGAAGGUUUCCCUUUAUAACUCCGGAGAAAAGACCUGUUGAAUUGUGAUACAGCAUCUUGAUCGGAACAGCUUAAAUUCAUUCUGCCUAAUAUCUUUGCAUACUGUGAAACAUACAAAUUUAACAUCUGAUUAAGGCUUAAUUUAAAGUGGCAUUACCACCUACCAUCAUGCAAGCAUUGGACAUCCUCAAAACACACAGAAUGGUAUUAAACUAAAGACAAGGACAGGAAGCCUCAGGUUUGUAUUUAGCAGGUACUAUAAUUUUAUAUUUAAUUUUACAAUUCAUGUAAGCAAAUGAAAAGUUAUACAGAGAGGCCAAUGUAUAUAAAUACUAGUUUAUACAGGAACUGUCAAUGUACACAACAGCACUGCACGGUUUCUAUAUUGCAAGCACAAGACAUCGUCACGUAGACCCACCGCACAGGUAAACGAGUCCGCAGACAGUACGCACAGUACCACCUGAAAUGAGGCCCUUUAGCUGCUCAGCUUCUUAGAAAACAGUAAACUUUAAAUGGUCAUAAUACAUUUUGAUUCAAAAUGUCUUCUAAAAUCUUUUUUGUGGGAGAAAAUUAAGAAGGGGCAAGAUCUACCUAUGGAACUUUUGAAUUCAUUUUUGUUUU